AUGUUCCGAUCAUUACUCUCGCGCGGCGGCCUUAUCCGCAACGACAGCUACAUUUUCCCGACCGUCGAUCCGACAGAAGAUGGCCCGGACUGUAAGAGGGAUUGCGCCGACUGCACCGUGCAGUUUCCCUCCAAAGUGAAGGUUGAAACCACCAAACCGCUAUACGGUCAUAUCAAGGAAUUUCACACCCAUGUCCUAGUCGCAACGGGGAAAUCGGACUGGACCGAGAAGGUCGAAAACGAGAAGGGUUCUUUAAUGCAGGCCUUUGACGAGUCUUCGCAUCUAUCCAAACAUGGCCGCUUCAUGAUCUCCGCUUCAAAUCUGACACCCCCAGAAACCGACGAUGAAACAAACCAAGGAACCACAGUUCUGCUCUUACCAUCGUUCACUUUUAUUGAUGCCGUCAAACAAAGCGACGUCAAUGAAGUGAUCUCUCGUUUUAUGGACGCACCAUUAUCCCACAAUGGCGCCAUCCCCGCUAAUCCAGGGUCCAAAUUGAACCCCCGGCCAUGCCAAUACGACUACGUGGUGUUGCUCUGCUCCCAUAAACGACGCGACGCUCGCUGCGGAAUUACUGCUCCGUUAAUCAAGAAAGAAUUGGAACGCCACUUACGGCCUCUGGGGCUCUACCGUGAUGCAAACGACGAGCGUCCCGGUGGUGUGGGAAUUUUCUUCGUUUCCCACGUGGGUGGUCACAAGUUUUCUGCCAACGUUCUGAUCUAUCGGAAGGAGGAGCAGCAGAUGAUCUGGCUGGCCAGAAUCAGGCCCGAACAUUGCGAAGGACUCAUCAAGUACACCCUUUUAGAAGGAAAAGUAGUACAUCCUGAGACGCAGUUGCGCGGAGGAUUUGAUAGAGCUCGGGGAUUGACGAGCUGGUGA